AUGAAGCCCUUAAGCCUGAGUUCUUUCUUGCGCCUCUUGUCUUUGAUUUCGUUAGCUGCUGCUGCUGCUGCUGCUGCUGCUGCUGCUGCUGCUGCUGAUGCAAGCAGCGGGGAACCAGCCUUUUCCCUUGGCCGGGAAAUACCCGUCAACACCACAGAGCAGGCCGUGAGGGCGCAGCCGGUGCUGCAGCAAACUGACCCAGCAGCAGCAGCAGCAGCAGCUGCUGCUGCUGCUGCUGCUGCUGCUGACGCAGGACAAGUUCGGAUUUCUUCGCAGCAGCAGCAGCAAGAACCCCUAAGCAGCUCUUUCUUUGGUGCAACAGAUACUUCUAAUAUUGCCUUCUCCAGGCAUGCGCCAGGCGCGGAAGUCCCGACUCUGUCGUUUUUCGACUUCUUCGACUCCAACUGGAAUGAAUCUGAAGAGGAAAAUUCGGCAGAGUCCGAAAAAGAAAACUUUGUGGAUUUUUAUUCAAGUUGGGGCGGAAGUUCUGUGCCGUACUUGGGGAGCGAGCUGUCAGCGCGGGGGCUGCGGCGGCGAAAGCGGAACUAA